GCAUUUACGCGUUGCGUAACGGUCAGUGAACGCAGACGGUGUGGUUUCGGCUACAGCAACAAAACAACAUGGACGUUUUCGUGAUUUCUCCCAGUUUUCGGUUCAUUAAUCUCACGGUGGAACACGAGUCCACUGUCGGUGACCUGCUGGACCUGCUCGCCUCUAAAGAGGGUGUUUCGUCUUUAGACUGCUAUGUGAAGAACAAUGGGAGGAUAUCGGAUCACGACCACAAACUCCAGGCUGGAGCUGUGUAUCGUCUGGAGCCUCGGCUCUGCGGUGGCAAAGGGGGCUUUGGCUCCAUGCUGAGGGCGCUUGGGGCGCAGAUUGAAAAAACCACCAACCGUGAGGCCUGUAGGGAUCUGAGUGGCCGAAGACUUCGAGAUGUCAAUCAUGAAAAAGAGAUGGCCGAGUGGUUAAAGAAGCAGGCAGAUCGUGAAGCAGAGAAGGAGCAGCGGCGUUUGGAGCGCAUUCAGAGGAAACUGGCCGAACCCAAGCACUAUUUCACAGAUACGGACUACGAACAGCAGUGCCAUGACCUCUCUGAGAGACUGGAGGACUCUGUACUGAAAGGUAUGCAGGCAUCGUCUAGUGGCCUGGUGCAAGCAGAUGAAGGACCGAGUCGCAAACGUCCAGCAACGAAAAACGGACACGGAACUACAAAGAAGAAAUGCUUUUGGACUGGUGUUGAUGGUCUGGACGACGUGGACAGUUCGGAUGCGGACAGUGAUGAAGGUGAAGCUGUGGCAUCUUCCUCCACUUCAGUCUCCGCUUCUGUUUCUGAGGCUUCCUGCAGCUCUCAGCCAACUAAAGUACCCACAGCCACCAGCAGAGGGAGCAAGAAACCUGAAACUCAGGAGCAGCCCAGUACCAGCAGCAGCAGUUCCAGCAGUAGCCCAGCAGCUUGCUCCCCUAUCCCAGAGAGAGCGGGAGAGGAGGAGGCAGGGACAGAGCAGGUCGUAGAGGAAGAGGAGGCAGGGACAGAGCAGGUCGUAGAGGAAGAGGAGGCAGGGACAGGGCGGGUCGCGGAGGAAGAGGAGGCAGGGACAGAGCGGGUCGCGGAGGAAGAGGAGGCAGGGACAGAGCGGGUCGCAGAGGAAGAGGAGGCAGGGACGGAACGGUCAACAAAGGAAGAGAACAUGCAGAACGGCAGCGAUGGACAGGAAACUGAGAAGGCUGUACUCCCAAAGACAGAGGAUGCGGGAGCGAGUCACAUCUGCCCAGCUGACAGUACAGAUACACAGGCAGCUCAGCCAGCGCAGUCAGAGGGUCCGUUGGAUCUGCUCUCCGUGAACGGUGUGGAGGAUCUGGAGGCGCUGGGUUUGGAGCGGCUGAAGGCUGAACUGAUGCAGCGAGGGAUGAAGUGUGGGGGAACUCUGCAGGAGCGUGCUGCGCGCCUCUUCUCCGUCCGAGGCCUGAGCCCAGAUCAGAUUGAUCCCGCGCUCUUAGCCAAGCCCAGCAAGGGCAAGAAGAAGUAGCCAGCAUGGACACAAAUCCUUUUGCUUCUGUUUUUUUUUUUUAUGCUGUAUUUCUUUUGUCAUGUUUCGGUAAGAUCUGAUUCUACUAUAUGGCCUUUCACAUAAGGUAGGAUGUAAUCAUUGCAUGUGAAAGUUUUAUUGUGUAAGUAAUUUAAUAGGUUGUAAUAAUCUUGAUUACACAAUAGUCAAAUACAUUGUAAUCAGAGACAUUCAGUGUUGCAGAGGCGAAAGCAGGAAUGAGCCCACUUUGUAAAUCCCAGCCCACAUCCCAAAGAGAAUCUUCCUGAGAUUAUUGAGUGUAAAUUUAUUUUUUCAUGCAUUUCGUUUCAUUUACCUAAAAUGUACAUUUGAUUUAGUAAAGUACACUUUCACAAUUCU